UCAGAGAGAGAGAGAGGAGGUCCCUUGCCACUGGUAUGGUCGUCAGCUGUUUAAUUUUCAGCCAGUGGUGGGCGAGUUCGCGUCUGUUAUUUGUCUCCCCGUUGGUGCAAGUGCCUCACCGAGCUCUGGAGCAUUCACUUGAUCCUCAGCUCUCCAACUCUUGACUCUCCCCCCAACAGAUUAACGUUUAAGUGUUCAGUGUAUGUGUUUCCUUUGUUUAUCUCAUCGGUGAUAGUUUUUUUUCAACGCCAUUUUCGUUAUUUUAUAUGACGAAUUGCAUUGGUAUACCAACAAGGUAAACUGCAAGCCAUUGAGCCGAUUUCCGGGAUUGCGCAAAGGCAAACGAGUAUAGCAUACACAGAGGGAAAAAAAAUAAAAUCGUGAACAGUACGAAGAAAGAAAAACAACGGUUGGAGAGGGAAAAUACAGAGCAGUGGGGACAAUUUUGACGGCGUCGUCUCCCUCAUUAUUUGUUUGUGUUCAUCACUAGGGAGAAUUAUUUAGAUUGAUUGUUUGUGAUAAAUUAAGAGGUUUCAUAACCUGUGAAUUAUGGCAAUGCCAACGAGUAGCGCCGUGAGGGCACUUGCCCUAGAGUACAAGAGCCUUCAAGAAGAGCCUGUCGAGGGCUUUCGCGUUAAACUUGUCAAUGAGGACAACAUGUUUGAGUGGGAAGUCGCAAUUUUUGGACCACCAGAUACACUUUAUCAAGGUGGAUAUUUCAAGGCACAUAUGAAAUUCCCACCGGAUUAUCCGUACAGUCCACCCAGUAUUCGCUUCAUGACAAAAGUCUGGCAUCCAAACGUGUACGAGAAUGGCGACCUGUGUAUCUCCAUUUUGCAUCCACCGGUCGACGACCCACAGAGCGGUGAAUUGCCAUGUGAGAGGUGGAAUCCAACGCAGAACGUCAGGACGAUCCUGUUAUCAGUAAUAUCGCUCUUGAACGAACCCAACACAUACAGUCCAGCUAAUGUUGAUGCUUCAGUCAUGUACAGACGUUGGCGCGAUUCCAAGGGCAGAGACAAAGAAUAUGAAAAUAUAAUCAGAAAACAAGCUCAAGCCGCCAAGAUGGAAGCUGAGAGGGAAGGAAUAGUUGUACCACUUACACUUGAAGAUUACUGCAUAAAGACCCGUGCAAGGCCGGCAGAGCAGCCACUUGAUAUGACUGAUUUUUACGAUGAUGAGUAUGAGCUCGAUGAUGAUGACGAUGAUGACCUCAGUGCCAGUGAUUACGAGGAUGGCGAUGAUAGUGGUAAUGGCGAGUCGUGAUCAAUUUCGUAGUUAAGUACGAAGAAAAAAUGAGAAUCAUACAGAAAACGAAAAAAGAUCGUCAAAAUAUACAAGAAAAUAAAUGGUAUUACGAUAGAAAUUUUUAAAAAAGUAGUUGUUGACAAGGGUGAGUGGUACAGGCCUAGUCGAAGUCGAGGUCUGUAAGUACACUCGUCAACGAUACAUUUUUUUCAUAUUUAUCGUACGGUAUUUUAUGAUGCUAGCGAGCAAAGGGCGGCUCUUGCACGGAAUACAUGCAAAAAGUGCCCUUUUUUACUUGUAUCAUAGAGAAUUUUAUCAUUUAAUGCUGGUAAUGCCAUUUGUCCAGUUCUGUACAGAUUAUAUAUUAAUGAUCUUCUGAAGGAGGUAGAGAAUUUCGGAUAAAUAAUGACAAUGAAAAUCGUUCUAAUGAAUUUAAUAAAUUUAGAGGAAAAAAUAUUCUGCGUGAAUAGAAGAGUAAUGUGAUAAAUUUUGGAGUAGACACAGAAAUUUUGUUCAUUGAAAUACAUUCUCUAUAGGGAAUUUUUUUUCUCUCUGGGUUUUGAUUUUUUUAGAAUUUUUUGGGGUGGAACUUCUGAUAGCUUAAUUAUAUUGAAAACUUUCACAGAACUUGAUUCAGACACAUUUCGUAGAAAAUAUACCAGGUCAUUAAAUUCUCCCUCUGAACCCAUCAGCUCUUAGGCUAUUGGCUACUUUGUGUGAAUGUUUUUGAUGACCAUUGAUCAGUAUUUAUCUAUUUUCCAUUUUUCCAACCUCUAUGUUCAGAAGUUCUUUAACGUAAGCAGCGAUACGGUUUAUGGAUAGCGAAACUAAUAUCUCAGAACUGUGUUUUGUUCUUUUUUGAAUAAAAUCCAUGGCGAAAUAAUGUUGAAUAUUUCAUCUAGAAUUUUCAAAUAACUUGUUUUUUAUCGAACUCUUGACGAGCGAUAUCGAUGUCACUGGGAAUUUUUAAAAUAACAAGUUUGUUUAGUUCCUUAAUUGAAUAGAAGCCAAUUGAAUUUUUGUUUAUUUAGGAAUAACUUUUGUAUUACUGUCUUUACUCGAAAGAUGAAGGCGAAGUUUAUGUUAAUAUAAUUUAUCACUUGAUUUUUUUAUUAUUAUUAUUUGUCGUCGAUAUCGGAUUAAAACUAAUCAAGAUUCGUAGUAAGUUUUGUUAUUAGCGAACGUGAGGUUUUUAUUGCCCAUGUUCCACGCGGAUGGGUUUAUUCAACAUAGUAUAUUAUGCCCAGGAGAGUAAAAGCAUUUACUGAUAAAUAUGAUGCGUUAUCAUCAUAUGAAUCAGAAAAUAGUUUUACUGCCGUAUUGCGUACACUAUUUUAUGCCUCGAGGCCGGAAAACUGCGAUUUUCAGGCUUCAGGAGGAUAAAACAAGUUUAUUUUUUGCUUCAAUGUUUAUAUCACACUUUUUUGCGAUGACUAUAGGACGACAACUAUAUAUAUUUUUUUUCAUUGAAUGAAAUUUGAGUGAAAAAAUUACACUAGAACUGUUUUUAGAUGGUACUGGAAAAUUGAUCAUUUAGCACUGAAAAUUUGAAAACAUUAGAUGCAGCUGUAUUUAGUAGUUAUAAAUCACAUGCGAAACCUUGUAAAUAUAAAAUUUUGAAUAUUGAAAUUAUAACAAUAAAAUGAACCACAUUAUUGAGACAUGCA